AUGCAAUCGGAUGAUAUAGCGGGGACAUCGAAAGGUGCCCCAGCUACGGAGAAGAAGCCAACGGCAAUUGAGUCAACGGCAACAACAGCCGAGAUGGGAGGAAGUAAAAGGAGAUGGCAAUCGCUAAAGCCACAGCCGAACCUUGUGAAGCGUCGUUCUAUUAAACCUUCAGCUAAGCUGCCAGCUGAAGAGGAGGAAGCGGGGCGCACAGCAAAUAAUGAAGCGGCAGCUAAACUACAUCAAAAGCCACUAGAAGCUGAUAAGGUUAACUACAUAUCCGAGGGGGGAGAAGGGCUUUUCAUCUCGGGUGACAGCAACAAUUUCGCUGGUUUGUCAUCGCCAGAGCCGUCAUCAGACGAAGAUGAAGAGGAGGAGCAGAUCCUCCAAACAAAAAUUAGCGAGUUUGAGAGGAAAAUGGAUGCCCUCAAACAAGAAGUUGCGCCCCUAAUUCAGCUAUUGAAAGAGAAGCAACAAGCGCGUAAAGCCAAAGACAAGGAAGCCGCUUAUGCAGCAAAAGCAGCGGAACAAAAACAACAACAAGAGCAGCUUCGACUGCAGCCAAAGCAAAGAAAGAAAAUGUGCCACCAAUAA